UCACGUGUUCACCAUUGUGUUUUCUCUCUUGAGCGUAGUUUAAUCAUUAGUAUUAAGAUAAACUGAUAAAUCGAUAGCGGGUUACUCAAGUACAUUUCAAUGUAACAUUAGCUGUUGACAACAGAUAUAGAUUAAAUGCGGGCAAUAUAUAUUAGGAAUGUUUAACAAAUCCCAAGUACAUUUUAAUACUUGAACACCAACAUACUAUAAAGUAAUUUGAUUCAAGUCGGUUAUAUGCCGACGUAUUGCAAAGAUGAAAGUGUUUUUUAUAUUCUUUCUAAUAUUCAACACAUGUUUCGCUGAUUUUAUAACGCCAGACGUAGUUGAAACUGUGAUCGGGAAAUAUAUGAAAAAUGAAUUAUUAUCGAGCGCCGAACAAAAAUUGCAGGAAGAUGUUUUUGAAAUUCUGAAAAGAACUCAACAUGUGACUACACAUGAGUAUCGCUCAGAUGUGCGAAUGAGUCUGGACUGCUUGGUAUGCCGCAGUGCAUUCUCAGCUCUGUUCGAACUGAUACGAGCGGGCGCAUCAGAUGACGAUUUAAUCCGUCCCCUCUCUAAUAUAUGUGUCCUCCUCGGCAUAGAGAGCUACAAUGUCUGCAGCGGAGCCAUUUCUUUGAAUCUGAACAUCAUUACCUACAUCAUCAGAAAUACUCCAGAGGCGACGCCGCGUAACUUCUGCGGCCUUGUCUUGCAAAGGUCCGAUAACCCCAACUUUUGUUCGUACAACGACUCGCGCUUCGAGUGGCAAGUCGAACUGCCUCAGAGAAUACAGUCAGCUAACAUACCUACCCCAGUUAUUGAUCAGAGUCCUCUAACGGUGGCAAUCUUAACAGACGCACACAUAGACCCAUUGUACGAGGCCUUCGGUGUCGCGCAGUGCGAUGAACCGACAUGUUGUAGGAAAGGACAAAACCUUAGACCAUCUUCAGAAAUUGUUACAGAUGGUUCCGAAGUAGAAAACAGUGUGAUUAGACACGGUGAUAAUGUUCUACUUAAUUUGGGAGAUGUACCGAAGAUAAAAGAAAUUCGUAUGAGAAAUUCAAUGAAAGCUCAGACGAGAUAUGUUGAACCGGCCGGCUACUGGGGUGAUUAUAGAAACUGUGAUACUCCGAGAUGGGCGUUCGAUGAUCUUAUAGAAAGGAUGGCCUCUACCCAUAAAUUCGAUGUAGUGUAUUACAUAGGAGACACAAUCGACCACGGUAUUUGGGAAACGUCCUAUGAAUUGAUCGAUGAAAUCCAUCAAUAUCUUAUAAGUAAAAUGCGAACAACUUUCGGUGAAGAUGUAUUAAUAAUACCAGCUAUUGGCAACCACGAAUCGCAGCCAACGAAUCAGUUCGCUCCGAUGUCAGUAACCGAACCAAAACUGAACACAACUUGGUUAUACGAAGGAUUAAUAAAAAAGUGGGAUCCUUAUCUAACAGAGGAGGCGAAGGCAUCGCUGAGAGUCCGCGGAGGUUUCUCAAGAUUGGUGCGGCCGGGGCUCAGAGCUAUCUCAAUUAAUACCAACGUCGCUUACAAAUAUAACUGGUGGUUAGUGUACGACCCGUUGGAGAUGAAGCGUCACUUAGAGUGGCUGGUCCAGGAGCUGCACAGAGCGGAGCUGGCGGGAGAGAAGGUGCACAUCUUGAGUCACAUCCCGCCCGGAGUACAUGAUUUAGCUCAUGUUUGGACUAGAGAAUACAACAGAAUCGUUAAUAGAUUUUCAUCCACGAUUGCUGCGGAGUUCAAUGGACAUAUACACUCUGAUGAGUUCAAGAUAUUCUACAGCUCGGUGGAGCCCAAGUUGCCGAUCAACGUGGCGUGGGGAGUUGGCGGCGCCACCGCUUACACUAACUACAAUUUGAAUUAUAAAAUAGCCACAUUCAACCCGCCAACAUACGCACCACAAAGUAUCAAAACUUUCAUAUAUAACCUAACAGAAGCGAACUUAACGCCGAAUCGUCGCCCGCAUUGGUUCCAACUAUAUGAUAUGAAGAAUAGCUUUGGUGUUAAGGACUUAAGUGCUCAGUCUAUGGACGAUUUGCUCCAACGUAUGGUGACCACGGAGAGGAAUCUGUUAGAUUUAUACGUAGCUUAUGUACCAAAAUUAAGCGAUACAAGAUGGCCUUAUUGCAAUAAUAAUUGCAAGUUAGACAAUGUAUGUAGGAUCGUCACGACUGUUCUAUGGCAAAGGGAGAAAUGCGAUGAACUACAGUUUUUGUAUUCAAACACAAACACAUGAUUAAUUUGUUUUAUUUAGAAACAAUAAAUAACAAUUAA